AUGACAAAGGGAGGCUGCUUGUGCGGAAAAAUUGUGUACGAGAUCUUAGACGAGCCUGUCAAGACGGUAUUGUGCCACUGCAUUAAUUGCAAACGGAUGACGGGCAGCUCGUACUCUACCAAUAUCAGCGUGCGAUCCAGCUCUCUCCGGUUCGUCGGCUCGCCGCGAAAAUUUCUGCUCAAGUCAGGCCAAGGACCCGUCUUUACCGUCUCGUUUUGUGACACAUGCUCGAGUACAUUGUGGAAGGAGAGUGAAUCCGAAGGGUACAAAGGAUACACGAUCGUACAAGCCGGGACGUUGGCACAAGGCCUAGACCGAUACCCACCGGAGGGCGAGAUAUUCGUCAGGGAGAGGGUCAUGUGGAUGGGCCAAAUGGAGAAUGUGGAGCAGUUUGAGGGCACAGAUGUGAGGCUAUGA